UCUUUCCUCAGAAGUCAGAAUUACCUUCAAAUAUCAGCUUCCUAGAAGUGAGAGAAAAUAACAUUCUUCAUCUUCAUAACUCUAUUUCUAGAAAUUUGUAUGGGAUGGAAACAAAUGGAGAUGUAGCUGCUGUAGCUCCUUUUGUAUUAAAAACUUAUCAAAUUGUAAGCGAUCCAGCAACAGACUCAAUCAUCGUUUGGGGAAGAUUCAACAACAGUUUCAUUGUUCUUGAUCCUCUAGAUUUCUCUCAUCAUGUUCUUCCUGCAUACUUCAAACACAACAAUUUCUCCAGUUUUGUUCGUCAACUCAAUACUUAUGGGUUUAAGAAGGUGGAUCCAGAUAAAUGGGAAUUUGCUAAUGAAUGGUUCUUAAGAGGACAAAGACAUUUACUAAACAAUAUAGUAAGAAGAAAACAAAGUAAGAAUAAUUCUUCUGUUUCUUUUCUUCAUAGUCAUAGUCAUAGUCACAGGCAAGAUGAAGAUGAAGAAGAUGAAGAUGAAAACUAUGAAUUGAUUGCGGAAAUCGGUAGAUUGAAAGAAGAACAGAUGGGUAUGGAACAAGAACUUGAUAGGAUGAGAAAAAGAUUGGAGAAAACAGAGAAAAGACCUGAACAGAUGAUGGCUUUUCUAUAUCAAGUUGUUGAAGAUCCACAUAUUCUUCCUAGAAUGAUUAUGGAAAAAGAGAUGAAUAAUAACAACAAAUUAAUGGAAGCUGAGAAUAAAAAGAGAAGGGUUAUGAUUAAUUCAUCUUCUGUAUCUUCAUCUUCUUCUUCUUUGUCUUCUUCUUCUUCAUCUGCCAUGAGUUAUCCAGUUAAGAGGGAAGAAGAAGGCUCGAUAUCUUCUUCUGUUUAUUCUUCUAGAAUUGGUGGGUUUGCUUUUGGGGCGGCGCCGGCACCGGUGCCGGAGUGGGGUUUUGGAUACGGUGGUGUUAGCGGUGGCAUUGAAGAUCUAGUUGAACCGGCUUCAGAACUGCCUUAUCCAUUUUCAUUAUUUGGAGGUGGCUUUUAGUUUGCUUCACGAGAUUAUUUAUCAUCAAUAACUUUAAUUUUAAUUAGUAUGUCUACAAAAUUUAAUUCGAUCUGUGUAAUUAUCUUAAUAAAAAAUAAUAUCGUUUGAUUUCAUAU